ACUAUACUCUCUUUGAACAACAGUGGACAUGUCGCGUUUGAUGUUGCAUCCACACUUUGAAAAUGUUCCUAAAACAAAAAUCCACAACGGCUUGAAUAUAAAUCCAGGCAAUCGGUAGACUCAAACCUCAAGCCCAACCGUGUUUGAUCUGUCAUUUGCUAGUCUCAUAGCCAUAUCUUAAUGUCUUCCCAACAAACGUACUAUAACGUCGAAGUCGUCCAGUUUUGGCGAGGCCAGAUAGAGUGCUUUCACCCCCAUCCCCUUCAUUGGGUCAUCUACCUCCCAACCGAUCCCGGUAUCGGAAACACGUACCACCUCGUGGGAGACACGGAGACCUACGCUGUGGAGUGCAGGCGUAACCAGCCACACGUAAACCCUGAUGACUGGCGCGGAAGCCACACCAUGGGGAGAGUGGCUGCGAAUAAGCUGGCCCUGUUUGAGAGGCACCUCGCGAGCGUCCCAAUCACGUAUAACGACCCCCGAUGGAAUAGCCAGAAUUGGGUGUGGGAUUGUCUCCGCCACCUCCGCCACCAACGUUUUGAGAUCAGCUGGGAGCUUAGACAGUGCGACCUUCAAACAAAGAUGUGCUGCCAUAAAUUUAAGACAUUUGCAUUCUGGAUGUGUAUUAUCAUUGGCGUAAUAGGCGUCUUGGGCGCUCGUGAGUAGCCUUCGUUGUCCUGACUGGAUCAAAAUUCAAGAGCCACUCGAUUUCUGCUGCUCUGACAGACAGAAACGACACGUGACAAGAUGACGUCCCAACCCUUCGCAUCGCUUGCGUAUGUGUCGGGGUGAAGUACUUGCGAUCCGAGGAGUUGACAGCGAUGAAUCUGCCAGUAGAACUUCAAGUUUUCAAGCUUGGACUGCAGCUGCGACGCGAUGCGACUUGAAGUUAGAUGCACGAACAAGACACGAAAAUAUAUACGGGCUUUUGACGCUGGGCACUUGAACAAGCUAAAAAAUUUUGUCAGUACUGCUAGUGCGUCUUCUGAGGAAACAACUUGGACGUUCAAGCAUCAGUUGUGU